CAGGGGUGUGGUUAAAGCCAUGGGAAGCACAAGGCAAAGCUUCAUGGUAACGUUUUAAGUGGAGUUUUUAGGCUUAUGUCUUCAGCUUUCAUGGCUCCUAAGUGGCAGCAAACAUCUCUACCUCGGCUGGAGAUGGUGGCCUACUGGAUUCUUUCAUUCUUUUCCCAUCUGUAUGCCUUCUACCAGCUGCACAAGUUCUCCAAAGACCAUGAAUCAAGUCUGGACAGAGAGGUACAGCUGGAGAGAGGAUUCCUUAUAUGGGGGUUUAAGAAGGACCCCACAGAUUUUGAAUGGAGUUUUUGGAAUGAGUGGGCGUGGCAGUCUCUUCUUUGGUCUCUGAUUGGCCAUGCUAUGGUAUCUAGGCUGACAGCUCAUUACCUGCCUCAGUACAGACUGGCAGUCUAUAUGAUAUACGGCGUGCUCUCGGCCGGCUGGCUUCUGGGAGUGCGUGGUGUGGUUCUUUUGAUGCUGCAUUUAAGCAUCUCAUUGGCUGUUGCUCAGAUGCGUAGCCCCGCCCUGUCAUGGUGUUGUAGCCUCCUGUUGCUCUCCACACUCAAUAUUAGUGCCGUCCAGGACUUACAGCGUGGCUGGUACACUUCUGAGGAGCAGUAAUUCCUUCUGCUCUUCAGUACUGCCGUUUGUGGUUUGCGCUGCAUUAGCUUUAGUCUGGAGCUUUGCUGGAGUCCCCUGGAGGCUGGAGGACCAAACCACCGCCGCCCCCCACUACAAAAUAAAGGACUAAAGCCACUCAUUUCACAGUUAUCCAAGCUCACUGCCUACUGCUUCUAUCAUCCUCUGUUCUACAAUGGACCCAUCAUGACCUACAAGGACUUCAGCGAACAGGUAGAGCGGCCGGUGUGUAAAGUAUCCAUGCAGUAUGUGUUGGGUGGAAUCCUGCGUUUGUGCAUCUGGUGGUGUUUAGCUGAAAUGAUGAUCCACUUCAUGUACAUGCACGCCAUCCAGGGCAACGAAACCUACCUGGAGGUCCUUCCACCCUGGGCGCUGGGUGGGUUGGCUCUUGCUUUAGUGCAGUUUUUCUUCGUGAAGUAUCUGGUCUUGUUUGGCUCUGUGUCUCUGUUUGUCAAGCUGGACGGAUUGGACUCGCCCGCAUUACCACGCUGUGUCAGUAUCAUGUACAGCUUCACCGGGAUGUGGAGACACUUUGAUGUGGGGCUCUACAAAUGGCUCAUCAGGUACAUAUACGUGCCGUUGGGCGGCGCGCGUCACGGUGUGUUCCGGAAGCUCGUCUAUGCGGCGCUGCCGUUCGGGUUUGUGUGUUUCUGGCACGGUUGCCAUGACUACCUGCAGUGCUGGGCCCUGCUGAACUGGGUCGGAGUGUCGGUGGAGAAGGCGCUCACGCUCCUGUUCUCCUGUCCUCCUCUUCAUCAUAUUAUUGUGCGCUGUUUGUCUCCACGGAUGCAGAGGCGAGGCUUUGCACUCAUCUCAGCCUUUUCCACCGCUAUGCUUAUUCUGUCCAAUCUGGUGUUUCUGGGUGGGAUCCAUGUGGGUAGAAUCUUCUGGAAAAGGGUGCUUGUCCAAGGCUGGUCCUCUGUGGCCGUUCCAAUGCUUGCUUUCCUCUAUUGCUUCGCUCAGGUUGGCAUCGAGUGGGACAUGAGAUGAUGUCACAGCAGCUCAGUUUGGAUUCAAUGCAAGA